UUCAUCUAAGAGUAAUGUGGGCGAGCCCAUCCAACUUCCUCAGAAGGGCGACAGUGCUCAAACACUCGACAAGGGACCUAUUAUUAAGCCAGCAAAUCCACCUAACCCAUUCCCAUUGGAAACUAAGGACGCAAGUAAAGACAAGAAAACCCCAAAUGGUCCAGAGGUCAAAUCCAAUAAUAAGCCUGCCCGUGCAUCCUCCGCUAGCGAGACCCAGAGUGCCAACAUAAUGGCCUUUGCUCUGACACUGUUCGGCGCUGUUUAUUUUCUCUAGAAGAGAGGAAAAGGAAAAAAAAAAAUGGCAAGACAA